UUAAUCGAAUAUGAGUCAGUAUUAUCAAGACUAGCAUAAACAGUGACUCUAGUUUCUCCGAUUCCAGUCCGAAUGAAAUAAUGCCGCGAUGAGACAAUUCACUGGGAAUGUCAAUGUCAGCACUCAGCAGAGAGCUUCCUUACUCUGCUAGUAAUCACUAAUCUGAAAACCCUCCAUUUUCUCACUUCUCAACAACAAAACACCACGCCUUUUCACACUCUCACUACCUUCAAGAUUCCUUCUUCAAUGCUUCUCCCCCCUUAAUUAAUUAAUUAAAAUUAAAAUUAAAUUCAGCCCCUUUUUCUCUCUCUUCAUUUGGGCACUUUCAUCUGCUGGUUUUUCUUCCUUUGGGGCUCUCUUAAAAGACCAGCUUAGUAACGUGCUUAAUUAUACUUUUCUCUUGGGUGCUAUUCCUUAUAAAUUCAAGGUCAUUGAGGGCUCGCACUUUCAGUGUAUUGUGUGUAGGUUUGUCUAGCUCAGUAAUUUUGCAUACUAAGUUUAAAAAUGGGAAAGGGAGGUCUUGCAAAAGGUAAGGGACAUGAUGGAAGGGGAAAGGAUGGAGUUCUAGAUAAACAGUCCUGUGCUGAGUUCAGACCAGGAGAUGUAACGUGGAUCAAGCUCCGUGGAACUUCAUGGUGGCCUGCUCAGAUUAUGGAUGGGAAUGCAGUAAGUGAUAAUGCUAAACCUCGCAAGAGCAAAAGUGGUGAAGUUCUUGUGCGCCUAUAUGGAACAUAUAAGUACCUGUACAUGGACCCUGUGAAAAGUCUCUUGGAGUUUAAUAAUUUACUAAAGCGAAAUAACAGUACUCAAAGGGAGAUUUUUAGGAAGGCUUUGGAUCAGGACCUUUCUGAAUUACAAGCUGGGAAAACCAACACACGGAGGGUCAAGGCCAAAGGAAAUGACAGUGUACACAAGGAAACUCCAGUAUCUUAUAAAAGAGGAUUUGAAGAGCACGAUGAUUACACUCCAAAAAAGCCUGAUGGUAGUGCUCGGAGAUUGAAAGUAAUGCAGGAUCUUGGCCUCACAGCUCCUUCCGGUUCACCUUUUCUAAAAAAUGGUCAUGUUUUAUCUGUUGUGAAGUGAACUGAAUAAUUGCAAUCAAGGUAUCAUUUUGUAACCAUUGUGGAAAUCGUGGACCUUUUGGAAAUCCUGGACCUUUUUCUCAUCUUCCAUGCUUCUGGCAAGCAAUUUUUGCCUAUUUGGUCUUGCCCUUCUCAUUGAUGAUAGUAUAGGAGUAAAUAGUAGAAGAAAUGUAGAGAAAUUCUCGGGAACUUCUGAUGAAUUUGGAGUUGAUUGGUCAUGCAGUUCUGACGUUAGUUUCUGUCUUCAUUAUCCUUUCUUUCUUUCU